GGCCUUUGCGGUUUGCGGUCGGCGUUUUGUUUUUAUACUGCUUUGUUUACAAUAACAUAUUUGUUAUAAUUAACAUUGAGGAUACCUGUUUCUAAAAAUGACUGAAGUCGAUCUGCAGGGUGAUGAUUGGGACUUACCGUGUUCGGAUGACGAACUUUCAAAACAUGGCACUAAUAUCGGAAAAAGCUGGGUGGUGGAAGCAAACGAAUUAGAAGAACUUUACAAUACUAUUGAUAAAGGCGGAACUUUGUCGCUGGAAUGGAAAUGUUCAGGUCGUCGAGCGCCUUCGCCAAUACCUGUGACGAAAGAAAGUAAGCCUGAAGUGCUUGUCUCGCCAGUAAGAGAGGAAAAGUCUGAUUUCGAUUUUAUGGAUGAAGUAAGUUCGCUGCGAUUGCGAGUGCGACGGGAGGGCGAAGACACGCUCCGCGGUUCUGCCAAGAAGAAAACGACGUCGUUUGAUGGCAUUCUAUCAAACCUGAUUCGUCACAAGCGCAUUGAGCAAAUGGAAAUGCAAGCAAACACACCCACUUCAUCAUCCCCAAACACCUCUUGACCCUGUGAAAGUGUGAAGCCUGACACUAAAAUUUAAACAGUCUGUUAUAUGGAAUUUGUGAUUAUAAUAUCCACAUGAUUUCUAUGUGAUCAGAAUGAAGGAUAUGGGAAUGGAAUAUGGGCUUAAAAUCUGACUUUCACUAGGGCAUGUUUCCAAACUGUGCACUAUGUACAUAUCCCUAUGUUAGCUGAUUUAAGGAGUGUUGAAAACUGGUAAGCCCAUUUUGCUAAAAAGUUGAAGUUUUUAGAUAGAACUUUGAGCAGAAUAAUUUUUGAAGAGUAUCCCAAAAAAAAUGGAACAUCAAUAUAAUACACUAUAAAAAAAGACUUAUAAUCCUUGAACUAUGAAGAAGCAGCAUAAAUAAAACAUUCAUGUUUAAAGCAGCCGGUUAAAUUAUGAACUAACCCCACUCCUCCUCAGAUUACAUAAUCAAUACCAUUCAGUUUAAGCUAAAGCUGUUACGUUUUGGGCAAGUUAAGAUUAAAAGCUAUAAGAAUAAACCUCAACACCAGAUGUGUAUUUUAGAGAUUUGGCACCCCAGGCAAAUUAGAUUCACUGCCCCAUUAAGUGAUCAUAAUGUAUCUCAUAUAAAGAAAUAAAACCGUUUUGCCACCCCUUGCAGCCUGCUGUAAAUAUGCCCCUGCUCAACACAUAUACAUAUAUGUACAUACUACUGAAUCUGCCUUAGGACAUAAGACAGUUCUCCCUACUUUACUGAUAAAAAUGGGAGUUCAACUAUACAAAUUCCAUGAAUGUAUGCUUUUUUAUAAGUCAUUAUUAUCAUAAUAAUAUAGAAUUGUAUAGUAGUU